GACUGGCUAGCUUGUUGGUAAAGUCUUGCUGUUUGCGUAGGAUGACUUGCUUGUUUAUGCAUGGAAGAGUUGAGGUUUCAAUAUCAAUAUUACGAUCAGUUGCAUGCAGUGCAAGAAUGCUAUAACUGGGAGAGAGGUCGCCAGCUACUCUAUGGGGGUCCAAUACACACGGUCUGCGUGCAAACCUAGACUAUGCUAAUAUUAUUGCACGGUCUACGAGAGCGCUCAUUGGGUAGGAGCCAUGCACGUCCCAGUAAGUAAGAUUUACGUGUAGAGCUGCUGUAAAUUUUCUAGUAAACCUCUAGAGAUGAGCCGAUGCAAGAACAACCAGAAUUGGUUCACUGCUCUUGUCGUUGUCAUUGUUGUUGUUGCUGUUGCUAUCGCCACCGUGCCGUUCAUCGUAAAGAGCCUACAUUCGAGUGAGAAAGGACCAGACAGUGUUCACGUUGCCCUACAAGACAACAGCUCGCUGAUAUGCGACAUGCAAGAUCCAGAACUGCUGCAAUCUAAUGUUGGGUUCUACGCUGUAAAACACGACGGUCUAUAUUUGUCUGCCUGUCUAGCUUACCUUCCAUGGAUCAAUGAUUCUAGUCAUUCUAGCCAGCAGAAAAGCAAUAAUUUCAGUGAAAUCAUAGCUGUGACAGUUGACAAUGGGUGUGAUUUUCACAAAACUGAGAUUGACUUGAAACGUUUAUCUACUCUAAUUCGUUCGCUCAAUGCAAGCUGUUCCUCUGUUGCUCUUCCGUUCAUUUGCGGUUAUUUCUACAGACCGUUCGGAAACGUUUCGUACUGCGAACUUUAUUGGCCAACAAGAGAUCAAUGUUUAGCAGUCGAAUUAGUGCACUGUCAGUCAGAAUGGAAAUUUGUGGAGAGUGUUCUCCAGUCACGUGACUACUGUAUACAAUUUCCUGACUGCAAACAACUUCUGACUCGACAGAAGCUAAGUAACAGAAUUGCUACCUUGUCGUCAGCUACAAAUGAAUCACAAUACAAAACAUUGUUUGUCUUAAUCGUUCAUUUUGUGGGCCGUCGUGCUGCUUAUUGUUCGAGCAACGAUUUGUUCAGUUCUUGGCUCCAUCCAACACAAUUCUGUGUUGUACAAGGUGCUGUGUUCCACUUCAGUUAUCUAGUGUGUAUAAUGUUACUUUCUAUGUCCAUCUUUAACUUCACGAUAGCUAUUUAUGAAGUGAGGAGACCAGAAGUAGAAGGUAUUCUCAAACGUCUCUCCAAACAGCUUUUGGCUGUUGAGAUUACUUUGGCUAUUGGCAUUGCUGCAGCAAUUGUGUCUGCUGUUCUUCUCACUGCGUCUUAUCAAACUGAUCCUCUUGUUUCACUUAUGUGCUUACCAAAAACUACAACAGCGUUUACUUGCUCCUUCACUGUGCCAACUUUGAUUGCAGGAGUCAUUGCAUUUACUAUGAUAUUACUGAUCAUAAAACGCAUGAGAAAGUCUUCUCAAUUUCAAGCAAAGCAAGGCGCAAUAAAUAAAAAUACCAAGAUUGCAGGAGUCAUCAUAACCCGUCAAUUUUUGGUUCUCAUCGCCGUUGGUCCACUCGUAUUUACAACAAUAUUUACAACGUUUGAGGUUUACCCCCAAUUCUGGUCAGAUGAAUUUACUAAAAAUACCACGAACUACAUCAUAUGUCAACAGACUAAUAGUAGCAGUGACUGCAUUUCGUUUGUUGAUGAGACUGGCUUCAUUGUAUUUCAUUUCAUCAUUACAGUUUGUCUUGCAGUCUUCACUGUUUUACUGAUGAUCUAUAGCCUAGUACCAGCACCAGCUAGAAAAUUGUGGUCUAAUCACUUUAAAUCGUUAAAGAAAUGUGGUAGUUGGAAAGUGAUGCGUAAAAAGAACGACGAAAAUGGGGAAAGACUGAUGGAGGAAGUGUGCAACAUGGGCGUCUCUAGAAAAACUCAAACGAAACAAAAAUGUGAAAGGAAUGCGGUCAGUAAGAGCAUCGAUGAUGGAAAAGAAAUCAAAAUUCUAGAUUCUUGUCACGCUUACAAUGAAGAGAUUAGUGGACGUGCAACGGAUAUCAACCAUACUCACUGUCUGUCACAUCCUGCAGUCGUUUGCGAUACCGCCGUCGAUAUCCACAUUCAAACAAGAGUCGACAAGGGACCGUCACUAAAGAGAGCAGUGUCACUCAUAGAAUUACGGAGGAGGGUAGAUCCUGUCGAAGGAAAAGUUGUGAAAGCUCUAACCGUAUGUCAAGAACUACAGAGAACUUCUUCUCUUCAGGAACUGGUACGUUACUCACAAUUAAAUUGAAAGCUAAGACACCGAUUAUUUCAGGGCUGCAUGCAGUAAAUUGACAGUAGUCGAACGCCAUGAGAAUGCUUACUAUAGACUUUGCUUGUUAGAUAAGUAGCUUUAUAGUUAGCAAAGUAGCUUUAGAUGCUAACGAAAAGUAGAAUUUUGUUAUAUUGUAGAA